CAACAUAAACACACAUAUAUAUCAUCAUCUCCAUUUUCUUAAAACCCAAAAUUCUUAAACUCAAUUUAAUGUCUUGUUGCACUCUUCGGUUAUCAUUUCCAAUCUUCCAUCUCAAAUGGUCUGCAAAUGGGCCACAGCGUUUAAGAAAUUUUUCUACUUACAAUAGCAAGUUUGAUUCAUCACAAGGAGAAUCUCAAGAUGUUUCUGAGCGUCCUAACAGAGAGGAGGCGCAGUCGCAGUCGCAUGUGAUUUUGGUGGAGAGAUAUGGGAAUGGUACUUCUAAAAGGUACAUUUUGGAUGAGAAUUCAAGAUUAAGUACCUAUGUUGAUGUCGUAAAGUCAAAACCGGACAGGGUUGGAAAUUCGGAGUCCUCAAAUGGUGAACUUUGGUGGUUACCUGAUAAUGUUAAAGACUUCAUCUUACCUGCUGGCUUUCCAGAAUCAGUUUCAGCUGAUUACUUGGAGUACAUCAUGUUGCAAUUUCCUACAAAUGUUACUGGCUGGAUCUGUCACGCAUUGGUCACUUCAAGUCUUCUAAAGGCACUUGGUGUCGGCUCUUUUUCUGGUACUACUGCUGCUGCUUCUGCUGCUGCUAUUAGAUGGGUAUCAAAAGAUGGGAUUGGUGCUGUUGGACGACUAUUCAUCGGUGGACGGUUUGGCAGUCUUUUUGAUGGUGAUCCAAAACAGUGGCGCAUGUAUGCCGACUUCAUUGGCAGCGCUGGCAGCAUAUUUGAUCUGACUACGCCACUGUAUCCAUCAAAUUUUCUACUCCUAGCAUCUCUUGGGAACUUGACAAAGGCAGUGGCAAGGGGACUAAAAGAUCCUUCAUUUCGUGUCAUUCAAAACCAUUUUUCUAUAUCUGGAAAUUUGGGUGAGGUUGCAGCAAAGGAGGAAGUUUGGGAAGUAGCUGCUCAAUUGGUAGGCCUCGGUCUGGGUAUAUUGAUUUUGGAUACACCUGGAUUUUUAACAUCUUACCCAGUGCUAGUGCUAACAUGGACAAGCAUGCGAAUUCUGCAUCUUUGGUUACGUUAUCAGUCUCUCUCAGUUUUGCAGUUCAACACAAUAAAUCUCAAGCGUGCUCGCAUAUUGGUUCAAUCACAUGUUUCUGGCUCUAGUAUUCCUGGAUCUCAUGAUUGCAAUAGCAAGGAAGAUAUAUUGAUGUGGGAGAAAUUUAUUAAACCCAGAAUCCGUUUCGGUGUUCCCUUGGAAAAUAUGGUUGGUGGUGAGAUACCUGGUUCCGAGGGUGGUGACAUACCUGGUUCCAAGGUCAAAAUGCUUCUAUUAUUGUAUGAGAAAGAGAAAUACAUUCUUGUGGUCAACCAAAAGGAACCAAAAGAAUUUGAAGCCUUGGUCUCCUUUAAGGAAGGAGCUACAAGUCUAACAGUUUUGCGUAGUGUAUGGCAAACAUACUGGCUUUAUCAGAACUUGGCCGAUACUGAUGCUUACAUUAAUAAACUUGAGGAAAGCUUAAAUGUGUUAAGCACUAGGUUUGAGAACUUCUUGCAGCAAUUGAAAGAGGCUGGAUGGGAUAUUAAUCUGUUAAGUUUGAAGGUCCCUAAAGAUAUUUUCAUAGAAGAAACUCAUGGGGCUUGAAAUCAUCUUCUCGGAAAAAGCUGAAAGUUGCCUUUGUUACUAUCAUCCGUUGAAGGUGCUUUAGGUAGGCUUGGUCCAUCAAAGAAUGACGAUGAAGGUGGUUCGCCUGUUUUGAUAGUCUCUGUAAAAGGAUAACCUUGCCACCUUGGUCAGUUUUAGUUUUCUUGUAACUGUAAUCACAUUGAUGAUCCAGUUUUUUUACCUAGCUGGCCUGGAUAUAUAAUAAAAAAAGUUAUUUUUUUAA